AUGACGAGCCGCUCAGGCGAAUAUUCAGAAGGCGCACCAGCCAAAAGACAGAAGACAUCUUCAGAAAACACGGAUCCGCGAAACAAUCCGUACCUGGCGCACAUGUACGAAGAUCAGAGCAAUGGCCACAGCAACGGCUCUGUAACGCCUCCUACGCGAACUGGCACCCCACUCGACAAUAUGGACAGACAUAAGAGUACCGCGAAGCAGGCGCAAAUGGCUGAGGAUGGCGACACCAACCCUUUUACGGGCCGCACAUUCUCCGACCGCUACAUCUCGAUCCUGAAAUCUCGACGCGAUCUGCCUGUCCAUGCUCAGCGCGAUGAGUUCCUCCAACUCUAUCAGAAGUCACAGAUCCUCGUCUUCGUUGGCGAAACUGGGUCCGGAAAGACCACGCAGAUCCCACAAUUUGUGCUAUAUGAUGAUAUGCCACAGCGGCAUGGCAAGCUCGUUGCGUGCACUCAGCCUCGCCGAGUCGCUGCAAUGUCGGUCGCGGAGCGUGUUGCCAAUGAGAUGGAUGUCAAGCUAGGCGAGGAGGUAGGUUACAGCAUUCGUUUCGAAGACAUGACGGGUCCAAAAACGAUAUUGAAAUACAUGACCGACGGCAUGCUGCUACGAGAAGCAAUGAACGACCACGAGCUUAAGAGAUACAGCACCAUUAUCCUUGACGAGGCUCACGAGCGAACACUUGCCACCGAUGUUCUGAUGGGAUUGCUCAAGGAGGUUGUACUGCGCAGACCUGACUUGAAGCUCAUUAUCAUGUCUGCAACGCUCGACGCCCAGAAGUUCCAGCGAUAUUUCAAUGAUGCUCCUCUGCUUGCUGUUCCCGGCCGUACCCAUCCUGUCGAGAUCUUCUAUACGCCUGAGCCAGAGCGAGAUUACGUUGAGGCUGCUCUUCGAACUGUCCUUCAGAUUCACGCGACCGAACCAGAGGGCGACAUCCUCCUGUUUCUUACCGGAGAGGAAGAAAUCGAAGAUGCCUGUCGCAAGAUCUCUCUUGAAGCAGACGAGAUGGUUAGAGAAGCGGAUGCUGGGACGCUGAAAGUCUAUCCUCUUUAUGGUACGCUGCCACCUGCGCAACAACAGCGGAUCUUUGAGCCGGCACCUCCACCUCGUGGCAAGAACAAGCGCCCAGGCAGGAAGUGUAUCAUUGCUACAAACAUUGCCGAGACGUCAUUGACGAUUGAUGGCAUCGUGUACGUGGUUGAUCCUGGCUUCUCCAAACAGAAGGUGUACAACCCUCGGAUCAGAGUGGAGUCUCUUCUGGUGUCUCCUAUCUCCAAGGCUUCAGCCCAGCAGAGAGCUGGUCGUGCUGGUCGUACACGACCAGGAAAGUGCUUCCGCCUGUAUACUGAAGGUGCUUUCAAGAAGGAGCUGAUUGAGCAGACCUACCCUGAAAUCCUACGGUCCAAUCUGUCGUCGACUGUGUUAGAGCUGAAGAAACUUGGCAUUGAUGAUCUGGUCCACUUCGACCUGAUGGAUCCCCCCGCACCGGAGACACUGAUGCGGGCGCUGGAGGAGCUCAACUAUCUAGCCUGUCUUGACGAUGAUGGCAACCUCACCACCAUGGGCAAACUCGCAUCGGAGUUCCCUCUUGACCCAGCUUUGGCAGUCAUGCUAAUUUCCUCGCCUGAGUUCUAUUGCUCAAACGAGAUUUUGAGCUUGACCGCUCUCUUGUCCGUGCCUCAGGUGUUUGUCAGACCAGCGUCAGCACGGAAGCGGGCAGAUGAGAUGAAGAACCUGUUUGCUCAUCCGGACGGCGACCAUCUCACUCUCCUCAACGUCUACCAUGCUUUCAAGUCGGACGAAGCUCAGGCCAAUGCCCGCCAAUGGUGCCAUGACCAUUUCCUCAGCUUGCGCGCCUUGCAAUCGGCCGACAAUGUCCGCCUCCAGCUGAAGAGGAUAAUGGAGCGUUCCGAACUGGAGUUGGUGAGUACUGACUUCCACGACAAGAAGUACUACGAGAACAUUCGGCGUGCUCUCGUGUCUGGCUUCUUCAUGCAAGUGGCCAAGAAGGAGGCGAAUGGCAAAACAUAUGUCACGGUCAAGGACAAUCAAACGGUGCUCAUCCAUCCAAGCACUGUACUGGGACAAGAGGCAGAAUGGGUCAUCUACAAUGAGUUCGUGCUCACCAGCAAGAACUACAUUCGAACGGUGACAAGUGUGAAAGGGGAGUGGCUGCUUGAUAUCUCGCCUGCAUACUAUCAGCUCGACAGCUUUCCCAAGGGAGAGAUGAAGACAGCGCUGAUGAGGGUGGCGGAUAGGGUCGCUCGGAGAGAAAAGAUGCGGGCCACCAGAUGA